UCUCCAACCAUCCACAAUCCUCCCCUGCCUGCCGAUGGUCCCGGCAACGAGUCCUUCUUCAAUGGCCUGUUGACAUCCCUUCGUGUCAGGGUACCAACCUGUCUGGUAUGGCAACUGGACGGUGGGUUCAAAAUUGCCGUGUUCUUGGGCCUCAUCACCCUCCUCCCAAUUCUUAUCGUCUUCUGGACGAACGCCUCCUCCUCUUCCCCCUGCAUGAACAACAGGAGUCCAGCUCCCAGGUUUUCCUCUGAAACACUACAUCACUUCCUGCAAGGAGGAGGAUCGGGUCAGGUACCGAGGAAGAAACAAGGCUCCCAUGAAAAUCUUUAUGCGCAAAUACUUGACGGCGAUGCAGAUAUCAACGGCGAAUACUUCAAACCCGACGAGGCUACGCUGGAUAUUGGACGUGCCUGGGGCACUCUAUCCAAAUUCCCCAGCGUAAACUACCGCGCCCAAGUGACGGGCAUCACGCUCGGGCGCAACCAGACUAAGUGA